AUGGGCCCCUGUACCGCCUCCUCAUGCUGCUGCCAGGUCCAGAGUGUGUCAUGGGCCCCCGUACCGACUCCUCAUGCUGCUGCCAGGCCCGUAAUCUGCCAUGGGCCCCUGUACCGCCUCCUCAUGCUGCUGCCAGGUCCAGAGUGUGUCAUGGGUCCCUGUACGGCCUCCCAUUGCUGCUGCUGCAGGCCCGUAAUCUGCCAUGGGCCCCCGUACCGACUCCUCAUGCUGCUGCCAGGCCCGUAAUCUGUCAUGGGCCCCUGUACCGCCUCCUCAUGCUGCUGCCAGGUCCAGAGUGUGUCAUGGGUCCCUGUACGGCCUCCCAUUGCUGCUGUCUCCAUCGCCACACUCUGCCAUGUGCCACUUUCAGAUCUCCUCACACUGCUGGUGGUUCCAUUUUGUCAUAGGGUGCUGUAUGGCCUCCCAUUGCUGCUGACUCCACCGCCACACUGUGGCUCCACACUCUGGUUUUGGCCCCGUGACUGCCCAAAUGAGUGAAGUGUGCGGUGAUUCUAAGAUCGACGGCACUCAUCUGCAUGUCAUACUGACUGACAGUAUUAUUUCUCUUCCCCAGCAGACUCCAAGGGCAUUUAAAUUAAAGGUACAGUGUUCUGCACUAAUAUAA